AAUAAUAAAUAAAUACAAAUGAUGAAAAUAAUGUCCGUUGGUUGCCUGACGGUUAGGGUUAAGAAUCUACAACAUUACAUACUGUACAAAAAAAUUUGCUUAACUAACUAAAAUAUUAUGGUUAAAAACCUGCAGAAUUACACAGGAAACAAAGCAAAUACUGCUGAGCUUAAAGUAUUGUUGACCAUGAUAGACUGUCAUUAUAUUGCUAGGUUACAUAAUACAUGUAAAACAGAGGUCUUGGUUGUCAAAGGGGAAUAGGGUGUGGUUAUGUAAGCACACUGCCACAAGAACCUUUGUACAGACUCAGAGGGUUUCUCUCACUGUCUGAGGAUUAGCUUGCACCAGGUUUGAACAGGAUUUGAAAACAACCUGUAACACCAGUUGUUAAAGCCAGGACAUAGAAAAUCCCAGUCGAUCCUCCGGCUGCUGGUUUUGCUCCAUCUAACCAUGUGGCUUUUUAAUUUUUUGCUGAGUUCUGACCUAAUGGGACUAUUCCUAUUUAUUCUUCUGUUUAUUGUAAUAGCAGACUACCUUAAAAACCGGACUCCACCAAACUAUCCUCCAGGACCGCUGGGUCUACCCAUCGUGGGGAAUUUCUUGAGUGUGGACAGCAAACAUUCACACAAAUACUUUACCAAGCUGGCUGAAACCUAUGGGAAUGUGUACAGUGUCCGCAUGCGUGGUGAUAGGAUAGUGUUUGUGUGUGGGUACAAGAUGCUGAAGGAAGCCAUGGUGACACAAGGAGAAAGUUUUGUGGAUCGACCGUACAGUGCAAUGUUUGAAAGGUUUUACUUAGGAGCAUCAGGUGGUCUAUUCGUGAGCAACGGUGAAACUUGGAAGAGGCAGCGACGCUUCGCUUUGUCCACCUUACGCACCUUUGGAAUGGGCAAAAACAUCACAGAACAGUGUAUCUGUGAGGAGCUCCGACACCUGCAGGAGGAGAUUGAGAAGGAAAAAGGUCGACCUUUCAACCCAGCAACCCUCUUCAACAAUGCUGUAUCCAACAUUAUUUGCCAGAUGGUGAUGGGGAGAAGGUUUGACUACAGUGACCACAACUUUCAGAUCAUGCUGAAGCAUCUGGCUGAGAUUCUUCGCCUGGAGGGCUCCGUAUGGGCUCUACUCUAUGACUCCUUCCCCAGACUGAUGAAGCACAUGCCAGGUCCUCACAACGAACUCUUCAGCCAUCAUGUCACCAUUCAAGACUUCUUCAAAAAGGAGGUGAACAAGCACAAGAAGGAUCUGGACCGCAACAAUCCUCGAGACUACAUCGACACUUUCCUUAUUGAGAUGGAGAAUUACAAAGAUGGUGAGCUGGGCUUCACUGAGACCAAUCUGGCUCUGUGCUCAAUGGAUCUGUUCCUGGCUGGAACAGAAACUACCGCCACCACUAUGCUGUGGGCUUUGGUUUACCUCAUGAAAUACCCUGAGAUUCAGGAGAAAGUGCAUGCAGAGAUAGACAGAGUGAUCGGACAGACCCGCCAGCCCUCCAUGGCUGACAGACCAAACAUGCCUUACACUGAUGCUGUCAUCCACGAGAGCCAGAGGAUGGGAAACAUUGUUCCACUCAACGGACUCAGGAUGUCUUGCAAGGACACGACACUGGGUGGUUACUUCGUACCAAAGGGUACGUCCGUGAUGCCCUUCCUGACCUCUGUGCUGUUUGACAAGGAUGAAUGGGAGACUCCAGACACCUUCAACCCAGGACACUUCCUGGAUGCUGAGGGGAAGUUUGUGAAGAGAGAAGCAUUCCUUCCUUUCUCUGCAGGGAAACGUGUGUGUCUUGGAGAAGGCCUCGCCAAAAUAGAGCUGUUCCUCUUUAUGGUCGGCUUACUACAGAAGUUCUCUUUUUCUGCUCCCGAUGGAGAAGAGCUGACCACAGAAGGCAUUACUGGAACUACUCGUGUACCUGUUCCCUUCAAGGUUUGUGCAAAGGCCCGCUGAAAUAUGCAGCAACUCACAGAACCAUUUUCCAAAUCACCAACGUGUAGCAAAGAAGGCUUUAGGAGAUAAAAAUGUCAUUUCUUCUUAAUCAGAGAUUUUUAUUCCUGUAUGAUUAAACCUGAUUGUUCUCUCCUCUACUAUGAAUUCUGUAUCACAAAGUUUUUUUUCACAUAACAAUAUUCUUAUAUUAUUACCACUAUUAACAACAAAAUGUAUAAAAAGAUGUUGUGAGCAUGCACAUUGUAAAAUUAUAAUAAAACUACACUGUUGUUUUGUAUCAAUCAGCUACGUGACUGAAUAGGCCAUUUGUUUACAAUGAACAACCAUUUCAAAACAUUUGUUAAUGAUUAAUAAAUGAUUUGUUGUUUUAAGUCAUAAA